UUCUCAUCCGUUACUAGCAAUACGUACUAUCCUUUGUAAUCAGGUGUAUGUGCGGUUCGUUGGUCUGUACUAUGUUAAUAAAGUUAAUUUAGAUUUUAAAUGUUUGAACCAUAGGCGAUGGAUUAAUCAAAGUAAUGAUAACAUCGCUUGAAUCCGGUGACUGAGUUGAAUUUUAACGCAGCAUAUAGUGUCGCCGACUCGGAACUGGACGGUAUGCAGCGAGACAAAACAAGCAACGCUGGCGGAGCUGAAAAGCCCGACCGGGAGGCCGCAAUAAUGUCGAAAUACUACGAUGGAGUAGAAUUUCCUUUUUGUGACGAGUUCUCCAAAUACGAAAAAAUGGCCAAGAUAGGGCAAGGGACCUUUGGGGAGGUGUUUAAAGCAAAGCACAGGCAGACGGGGAAGAAAGUUGCACUGAAGAAAGUUUUAAUGGAAAAUGAGAAAGAGGGGUUCCCAAUCACAGCUCUGAGGGAAAUCAAAAUACUUCAGCUGCUCAAACACGAGAAUGUGGUCAAUCUGAUUGAAAUCUGCAGGACCAAAGCUACUCAGUACAACCGAUACAAAGGCAGUAUCUACCUGGUGUUCGACUUCUGUGAGCAUGACCUGGCUGGACUGCUGAGUAAUGCCAAUGUAAAGUUCACCUUGGCAGAGAUCAAGAAGGUCAUGCAGAUGCUGCUGAAUGGAUUGUAUUACAUCCACAGAAACAAGAUCCUUCACAGAGACAUGAAGGCAGCCAAUGUACUCAUCACCAGAGACGGUGUCUUGAAGCUUGCAGAUUUUGGUUUGGCUCGAGCCUUCAGUCUGGCUAAAAACAGCCAGGGGAACCGGUACACCAACCGUGUGGUAACCCUCUGGUAUAGACCGCCAGAGUUGCUGCUAGGGGAGAGAGACUACGGCCCCCCUAUUGACCUUUGGGGAGGAGGCUGCAUCAUGGCAGAAAUGUGGACUAGAAGUCCUAUCAUGCAAGGCAACACUGAGCAGCACCAGCUCACGCUCAUCAGCCAGCUCUGUGGCUCCAUUACUGCUGAGGUGUGGCCUGGUGUCGAUAAAAAAUAUGAGCUGUACCAGAAGAUGGAGUUGCCUAAAGGCCAGAAGAGAAAAGUGAAGGAUCGUCUUAAAGCCUAUGUCAAAGACCCAUAUGCACUGGAUCUCAUAGAUAAGCUUCUUGUUCUGGACCCGGCACAACGCAUAGACAGCGACGAUGCGCUGAACCACGACUUCUUCUGGUCUGACCCCAUGCCUUCAGACCUAAAGAACAUGCUCUCCACCCACAACACUUCCAUGUUUGAAUAUCUGGCCCCGCCCCGGAGGAGAGGACACAUGCCACAGCAACAGCCCAAUCAGAACAGAAACCCAGCCACGACUAGUCAGACAGAGUUUGAUCGAGUGUUUUGAUGGAGAUAUUUAUGGACAGGUAGUUACGUGGUGUGCUGGACAAAACUUUGUUUUUGCCAACUGGCCUAAUAUUAAGGAAAGCUUUGCAUUUCAUUGAUAUGAAUUUUUGAUAUUACCUCCAGUUUUUCUCUGAUCACUGCUGUGUGAGUUUGCCAAAGGAUGCAGGUUGCUUGAGUUAACCAAGUAUAUGGCUGAUGUUCAAAGAUAGGUUUAGCCUUUCGUACGCAGUGACGACAACAUUUUAUUUCCGGUAGCAGUUGAUUUGUGGCUUGUUAGUAUUUUUUUUUAUGAUGAAUAUACCUAUCCAUGCACAGGUUGUGCUGUGUUUCAAGGAUUUGAAACCUUUAUUUGGAACACAUACAUUGUCAAUAAGUUCUGUACAAAUGCAAUGACCAUAUGCAAAAUAAAUUGGAUACCUUUUCUAGAUGUA